AAUGCUUUAAAGAGCAGAAGUGGUGCUGAUGCUGCGCAGUCAAACAGCAGCAGAGAGACGGGACAAAACACAGACACACAGACAUCACACCGAGGAGACGAGGUUCAGGGCAGACUCAUCUUCAGAGAUAGAACAAUGACUCUCACAGCGUACAGAGAGAAAAUGAAGGAGCUCCCCCUGGUGGCCUACUUCUGCUCCUGCAUCCUUCCAGAGUCUAAAGAGAAAACCACCAAAAACACUCACCAAGGUGUGGUGGAUCUGAACCUGUGCCUUAUCAAAGACAUGGAGGUGAUUGAGCUGAACAAGCGUUCCUCAGGUCAGGCGUUCGAGGUCAUCCUGAGGCCUCCAUCGUUCGACGGUCAGAGAGAGUUUAAUCCCACCAUCCCGCCCCGCAGAGACCCCUCACUGGAGGAGAUCCAGAAAAAGCUGGACGCUGCAGAGGAGAGGAGAAAGGGUCAGGAGGCAGAACUACUGAAACAUCUGGCUGAAAAGCGAGAACAUGAGCGUGAAGUGGCUCAGAAAGCUGUGGAGGAACACAACAACUUCAUCAAGAUGGCCAAAGAGAAGCUGGAGCAGAGGAUGGAGAUCAACAAGGAGAACCGAGAAGCUCACAUCGCCGCUAUGCUUGAGCGCCUGCAGGAGAAGGAAAAGCACGCUGAGGAGGUGAGGAAAACGAAAGCUCAGAUGGAGGUGGACUGGCAGUAGAACACACACACACACACACACACACACACACACACACACUGUGCUUCCGUUUCAUUUCGAUUCCUUCUCCUGGUAUCCUGAGGGACGUCCUGCUGGAGGUUGAUGUUGUGAUGUAAUAACGGUGGUGGAGGGGAGGGGAACGUCAGAUUUGGGUUUAAUUUCUUCUUUCUGGGUUUUGUGAUCAGAACACUCUGGUCUCUUUAACACUCUGGUCUCUUUAACACUCUGGUCUCUUUAACACUCUGGUCUCUUUAACACUCUGGUCUCUUUAACGCUCUGGUCUCUUUAACACUCUGGUCUCUUUAACACUCUGGUCUCUUUAAUGCUCUGGUCUCUUUAACGCUCUGGUCUCUUUAAUGCUCUGGUCUCUUUAACACUCUGGUCUCUUUAACGCUCUGGUAUCUUUAACACUCUGGUCUCUUUAACGCUCUGGUAUCUUUAACGCUCUGGUAUCUUUAACGCUCUGGUAUCUUUAAUUGGAGCUUUUGCAUGUUUUUAAUCCCUCAGAGUUGUGAUGUGUCUUUGUGAUGAUGUAAGAGUGUGUAGUUGUGUAGCUGCAGUUGGUGUGUGUUAGUCUUAUCUGAUUUAUUGUGUCAGAAAAAACAUGUAAAAUAAAGUAAGGGCUAGAUAUCAGAGGAAGUGGACGCUGUGAGCCGUGGUGCUACUUCCUGUUUGUUUUACUGCUCUGCAUGACCUGAUAAAGUGUGUAAAACUCCGUUUCCAUGUGUAUGUGGUUUUUUUUGUGUGUGUGUGUGUGUGUGUGUUGCGUGGUCCUGCUCCUA